AUGGAGGCAGAUGUCGGCAAUCGUAAACGUCGUGCGUCGCGGGUCAGUAAUGCCUCAGAAACAGCUGAGAAGCGCAAGAAGAGCGACAUUAAAGCACAGCAAAAGUCAGGAGUUGUCGCCACAGAGAAAGAACCCUUCACUGUUGUAGAGUUCAUUUUUAAGCUGCGGGAUCCAAACACAACGUUCACUGCUUUGGAGGAGUUUAUAUUCUGUGCAGAGAAGUUUCCUAUACAAUCUGACUAUGACAUUGUUAAGGAAUUCUGCUGUUCAUCCAAAGAUGGAUCUGAAAUUCUGGCUGUACUGGAUGCUGGAAGAAGAAAGCCAUCUGAGUAUCAGUUGAUAUUCACCAGUCUAGAACACAUUCUGACGAGAAUAGCAGAUGACCUGGCACAGUACCAGUCGUGUGGUAAUGUGAUUGUGCAGCAUAUUCUGGAACGUAACACAGGUUCCGUGUAUUACCAGUUAGCCAUGAGAAACAAGUCCUCCCAGAUCAAGUCUGCUCUCAGACUGCUGACUGCCAUGGUGAUGCUCAACACAGACUCGGCUAGAGAUGUUUUUCUCCAACUACAGUUCUCCAAUUCUCUCAGCGAUAUGUAUGCACUGAUGUAUCGCAGAGAUAUUAAGGAUCCCCAGGAUGUGAGGACAUGUGUACAGCUGUUUGUAUUGGCCUUCCUUGUGGUGGGCGAUGAGGGUGUCACCAAACAGGUGGUGGAGCAGAAGAUGUUACUUCAAGCGGUUUUCAAAGAUAUGCACAUGGAUAAGCUGGAGGCCAUUCAGACUGUGUUACUGACUGUUCUCCAGCAGGUAGUGAAAAACCCUGCCAUAAACAAGACGCUAAAAGUGAAGUUAUUCAAUGACCAGUCUCUCCAGCACCUGUGUAAGGUUCUCAGCUGGAGGGGGCCUGCCAAGUGGCAUGGGAGUGCCAAGCCCCACAAACACAGCUCCAGCAGAUUGACUGAUGAACAGAUUGUGAUCACGCAGAGUGAGGAGGAUCAGGUGCUUGUCAAGAGUCUGGUCAUUGAAGUUCUCACCCAUCUGUGCUGUGUACAGAAAACGGGUAUCAUCUUCUACGACAACUCGUUUGGGACGUCCUCACGGAAUGUGAACCCCCUCCUCAGCACCCUCCUCCACAACCUCAACACCUAUUUCUCUGAGCCUGCUGUCCAGGAACUGAUCAUUAACAUACUGGUGACGAGCCCGGAUCAGAUUGAGGGUUAUGUCAAACAGCUCAAGUCUAGCCUCACCCCACGGCCAUCAGCCAUCUGGGUGGAGCGGGUCCAGUUUCUGUGUAAGGUGUAUGAUCGUGUGUCAAGUGCACCACCUCCUAGCAAACUGCCAGCACAUAUGGAGAUAGCCACAGUUCUGGACAUUGUCCAGAAACUGAUGUUUCCCCCAGUGUUAGAGGACCUCCUGCAGGGACUAAAGCAUAAGAGUGUGUCUGUCCAGGAUGGUGUCUUGGAUAUGGUACUUGUGGUGCUGAGAAAGGCUGUGUGGGUGAAGGAGAGCUGGGUGAAGAGCACAGACAUGAGUGUCCGCUUCACUCCUGCCCAGAAAGCUUGGUUCCUGGAAAGUUUUACAGACAUGCUCACAAAGAGCCUUCCCUCCUGCCAGCUGAUCAUGCAGACUUGGGAGACGGUCACUUCAACCAGCAGCUCCAGCCAGGGUAAAACCCCGGGCAAACAGACAGAUGUAACACCAGGUGAAGCUGUGGAAGUUGAGAGGGUAAGAGAGCUGGGUGUGAUGGUAAAGCUUGAGGAGGUGCUGAGUUUGUACAUGGAGAUUUUCCCGCGGGCGGUGACCAGUGACCAGAUAAGUGUGGCUAGUCUGUUGGAAGGGGUACGAGCUAUGUUGUGGGCUCAGCACGGUGAAGAAGAGCCUGAGAUCAGAGAAAAACUAAUACAGCUCCAGCUCAACCUUCUGAAAAUUCUCUCCAACACAGACAGCCAACAAGUUCCAUGGAACAAAACGAUCGAGGAUGGCCACUCUGUGACGUACCUGUUACUGGACAUGAUGCUCCACACUGCGCUAGAUCCUCACCUGUCUCAGGAGACAGUCAAACUGGUUACCAGGAUGAUAAGUGGAACAGGAUUUUUUGAGGUGAACCCUGAUGAGAUUCUUCUGUGGCUGAAGCAUUUGCAGAAAUGUCCAAAAUCCUCUGUGGCAUCUGUUUUGAAGUUUUUCGCUAAAAUGCUGACAACACUGCUGAAUAACCCUUAUCAAUACAUGGACAAAGUUGUGGACUAUUUUUCUGAGGAGGCAUUCGGUGAGGAAGCAGACAGAGAGGUGAUGGGGUCAAGGGCUUCUGACAGUAUUGAUGCCAUUCUGAAAAUGAAAGGUAUAGAUGAUCUAACUGAGGAAGAAAACAAACAAUUACAAAAAGACAACACUCCUCACAGUGGUGUGAAGAUUGAAGACAGAGAAGUUGUAAAGGAUAGGUUCAUGUUCAGCCCUUUACCUGUGGUUGCCAUGGAAAUUAGUGACAAGGAUAAUGAUGAUUGUGUCCCCUUCCUGAGCAGAGUUCUUCUGGACCUGCUUCACUCUCAGCAGGACCCUGUACCCCUGUGCAGACUGAUCCAGCGCUCAGCAGAUUUUUUCGCAUCUAGCCCUCUCCUGCCAUACUUCAUCUCCUGGCUACCUCAUUCCAGCCAGGAGAAGAAGCUGAGCUAUGAGAAGCUGGAUUACCCUGAUGGCGUGGGAGCCGAUCUCCUGAGACUUUGUGGAGACUUCCAGCAUCUAUCUACAGACAAAGCCUACAUGAAGAGAUUGAGGCAUGGUAUGGCAGAGCUGGACAUGGAGGCCAUGUUGCCACUUGUACAACAGCUUAUGCUAUACUUAAGAGUGGCCAUCACAAGCAACUACAAGAAAUCAAAAAGCAGAAAAUCUGAAAUAACAGUUUACUUCGACUUGCUAGAAGACUUGAUUAAGAAGGCUGAGAUAAAAAUAUCAGAAAAUGAUUCUUCAACCCAGCUGACUGAUGGACAGACGAAAUCGUCAGAAUCAGAAAGUUCUGAAAUUCUAGAACGCUUAGUAGAUGUCAUAUUUGGCGAUUCCGUGCUUCAGUCUUGUUUCCUUAGUGCUGUCCCCUGGUUGGAGAAGAAGACAGCUGUCAUCACACCCUCCUUUGUAUCUAAAGUGUUAACAUUGCAAUUAUCAAAGAUUGCAAAAAUGCUGGAUUUGAGUGGUUGCCCAAGAGCAAGAAACAAAAUGAUUUUUUACGUCAACAAAAUAUCACUUUCAUUAUCACAGUGUGAGUCUGCCGGUGAUAGAACAGAGAUGUUUGGGGAUAGGAGUUUGAUGGCAGCUGUUGAUGGUUUUCUGUGUUACUUCACUGUCCCAGUCCUGGUGAAGAUCACACAAAGUUUACUCUCACAUCAUCACAAGAUAACAGACACCCCUGAAUUUGAUCAGUACAAGGAUUUGUUGACAAAUAUUCUGAAUGACCUGUCUGUCAAGGACAGCCCGGAUGCUCAGUUACCCCUUUGUAGUGUGGACAAGAUCUUCAGCUACUUACCCAUUAUGGACAACAAUCAUUAUCAGCAGAUUUGUCUUAGUUUUGUUAAACAAAAACCUCACUAUGCUUUGGCCGCAAAACCUGCCACCUUGGAGUAUUUGUUACAAAAUACUGGAGAGGUCACAUCAGAACUGUUUGCGAAGCUGGUAUCCCAUAAUCCCAUGUUGCAUAGACACUUUGGAAAAUGGCUCGCCAGUGCUUCGUCCUUAGAGUUUGACAAACACAUUCAGCCGUGCUUGUCAUAUGUGCUGACUUCAAUAUCCAUGGGGGACAGUUCUAGUUUAGAGGAAGUAAAAAAAAGGUGUUUGUCCAUGGUUCCCUGGGUGAUCUCCCUACCGUCUUCACAUGUCCCCUCAGACGAUCCCUAUAAAGCUCUCCUUUGGCUCAGCAUGAUACAGGUUGCAGAUCAGAAGCUGUUGAAGAAAGUAUUUGCUGGGUUAGUAAGGAGAGUAAAGGAGACAUCGUUAGCGAUGUGCCCUGUACAGUUGGAGACUUUAAGCCUGGCCUGUGGCUAUUUAGAAGACAACCUGGUUCCUAACAAACACUGGAAGCUCAUCCUCACUUGUUUGCGAUCAUUUCUUAGCAAAGAGUGUCAAAAAACGAUGACCAAGCCAAUAAUGGUGAUCCUACGGGAUAAUCUGAAGCCGUAUGUGAGAAGGUCUGUCAACAACCUGUGGGUAGUUGUGGGUUUCCCACUGGCUCUACCCGGUUCCCUGCCACCAUAA